CACUGGUACUGCAAACCUCAUAUGGCUCUAUCGAGAAACACUUACAUCUCUGCUGGCUGCAGGGACUUUCCUUGGCAUGCAAAAGCAUGUGGUAAAGGUAUUAACAUCCUAUAGGUAGAGGUCCUACUCUAAAUAUAAGGGAAAGGACUGAAGCACAAUGGGGGACUGGGAAUUUCUUGAAAAGUUGCUGGAUCAGGUGCAAGAACACUCUACUGGCAUUGGAAAGGUCUGGCUAAUAUUACUGUUUAUCUUCCGCAUCUUAAUUCUUGGUCUUGCCGGGGAAUCAGUUUGGGGAGAUGAACAAUCAGAUUUUGUCUGCAAUACAGACCAACCUGGGUGUCCAAAUGUUUGUUAUGACAAAGCCUUUCCAAUCUCCCAUGUACGAUUUUGGGUGCUGCAGUUUCUCUUUGUUAGCACCCCCACAUUAUUUUAUCUGGCCCAUGUGAUCUAUCUAUCCAGAAAAGAGGAGAAGCUGAAACAAAAGGAGGAGGAAUUAAGAGCGAUAAGUGACAAAGAUCAUCAAGUUGACCAAGCCAUAGCAGUCAUAGAGAAGAAAAGGCUAAAAAUCUGCAUUCAAGAAGAUGGUCGAAUCAAAAUCCGAGGGCCUCUGAUGUAUACCUAUGUUACAAGCGUCAUUUUCAAAAGUAUUUUUGAAGCUGGCUUCCUGCUGGGUCAAUGGUACCUUUAUGGCUUUGUUAUGCCAGCUGUCUAUGUAUGUGAAAGAAAUCCGUGCCCUCACAAAGUGGAUUGUUUCGUGUCUAGACCCAUGGAGAAAACUAUUUUCAUCUUGUUUAUGUUAGUGGUGUCACUUAUUUCUCUUCUACUCAACCUUUUAGAACUUAUGCAUCUAGUCUUCAAGAGUAUACUUCACACUUUGAAAAAAUAUUCUACUUACAAUUCAAACCCAAGAUACCCAAAGGAUGGGGGCGAUUACCCUGUUAAAUGCCCUGAGACUGCUACUGCUCCUUUUAAUGACAAAUCUUACUUAUACCUUCCAAUGAGUGAGAACAUUUCCUACCCAGCAUACAAGGCUCAGAAUGAGGACAAUUGGGCUAACUUCCAUGCGGAGAAACAAAUAGCAAUGCAUGUUGGGAAACAAGCAGACCUGGAACAUUAUUCUAGUGGUUUCACUCCUGUGCCACCGCCAACCAGUUCCCAUGCUGUGGUAGACAAGCAACCGAGCAGAGCCAGUAGCUCAGCCUCUAAGAAACAUUAUGUGUGAGGAACUUGUUAGCAUUGCUUCUAAUAUUUCAUCAUGUUCCAAGGCUGUUUUAUAACAAAAUACUUGUUUGGCAAUACUGUCUUCUAGGUCUAUGCAAGUACCUUUGCUUAAUGAAUAAUAAAUAAAAUACUGUAAAAAAAAAUUUCAAUAUGAAUGUGAAGGAAUUACAUGGAGUCACCCUAAUCCAAGACAUCAUGGAAGUGUAUUCAGGCUCAUUUUAGCUCCUGGUCACACAAUAGCCAGAAAAUCCGUUCUGGUUUGCUGUCCAUUUCACAAAGAGCAUGCUGUAUCUAUAUGACUUUCAAUGUAAGUUAUACUGUGAUGCAUAGGUUUAGGCAACUAUAUGAAUUUUUACAAGAUUUUUCGGAACAAGCUUUUUACGGUAUUUUGUUGCAUCUUGCAACUCUGUAUGGUGGGUAAUAUUUACCUUCCAGUGCCUGUAUCAAUGCAAAAUGUGUCAACCUAUCCGAUUGGAGCAGGCUGACCAGGCAUGAGGGUACAGUCCAUGGUCAGAAGUGACCUAUAGAAAGUUACAACAGUAACAAAGAGCAUGUGAAGAGAAAAUAGUAUGUGCUCCUCCAAUGGAGUACAGUAUGUUACAUUCUUAACUGUGUCAUGGCACUAGUUGUUGGUACCUUUAAAGGGUUACUCCGCUACACAGCAUCCGGAACAUUGAGUUCCUAACGCUGUGUGCGGGCUUCCGUGUUCAC